AUCUUAGCCAAUCAGAGCUUCCAGAAUGUUUCAUGGGCGGGGCCCAGGUCAAGUUUAAAAGUGCUGGGAAAAGAGGCAGGGCCUGGAGCAAGGAGGAGGGCAGCCAGCGGCCGGGUUAGGGCGCCCAUUGCCCAGCCCAGGAAGACUGAGGGCCAGCCCCAGGCAGAGCUGGGGCAGGACGGCGGCAGAGGCUGCAGCAGCGGCCUGAGCUAGGACCAUAAUAAACUUAGCAGGUUUGGGGUCAGGGUUAAGUUUCCGCUUGGAGUAUCUCUUGCAGUUUGCUUGAAUGGGGGUGGCCCCGGGCAGGCUGCUGCCGCCACGGCCACCGCCUCUGCUGCUGUCACUGCUGCUGCUACAGGUGCCAGGAGGCCACGGGUCCGAGUCGGAUUGCCUUUCUCCCAAAACCUGGAACUGGAGCGGCUCAUUUUCCCACACUUGCCUGAACUUGACUGGCCUGGAUUUGAACCUGCCACAGAAAGACCAGAUGCUGAACGCCCCGCAGCUGCAGGUGCUCCAUCUGUCCGGGACGGGCCUGCAGGAGCUCCCGCCGCCUGCCUUCUUCGCCCACCUGCAGCAGCUGCGGGUCCUGUGGGCGACGGACAACGUGCUGCGCCAUGCCGACGGGGCGCUGGCCGCCCUGUGCCACCUUGACCUCAGGGCGGACUGCAGCUGUGUGCUCACCACCUGGCAUGAAGUGCGGCUGGGCAACUGCUCUGGCCAGCAGCCGCCCCUGCAGUGCCGGCUGGGGGGCAUCGCUGGACCUUGGUACAACCUUUCCAGUUUCCUGGAGACAGACUGCGGCCCUGGCCUUGCCCCGGCUGCCGUUGGAGCAGCGGUGGCCGGCGGUGGCCUGCUGCUGCUGACGCUGGCCGUGCUGGGCCCGCUGCUGGCUCGGAGACAAUGGCUGCGGCGCUCGGGCCAUGGGGACCUGAACAAGGCCUGGACCGGUGCUCGGGAUGAGGCGGGGCCUGGCUCGAGGCAGCAGCAGCUGUACAGCCCGGGUAUCCGGGCCCCAGUGGCCACCCCUCCUGGCUCCCCCUCGGCGACAGAAGUUCCUGACUAUGAGAACAUGGUCCUGGGGCAGCCGCCUGUGGCCGGGGCCCACCCCUCGGAGGACAGCGACUUCUACAUGAACUACACCGGCGACGGCACCGACAACCAGCCCGUGUACUGCAACCUGCACACGCUGGCACGGGCCUCGCUGGACGAAGAUGAUUACAUGGUGGCCGGGAGCCACUGACCUCGGCUGCGGGGUCACUGCGGGGGGUGGGGGAGUCAAGGCAGUUCCACUUCCCCUGCCCCCUAACAGACUCACAGCACAGGGAGUCAGUCACUGCACCCACUCCAGCCCCAUGCACCAUCUCCCUGCUGUCUGUGUGCACGUGGUGCUCAAUAAAUGCUUGGGGUUGGCAGUGGCAUUGGGCUCUGGCUUCCUGGCAGUGGGGGCUGCAUCUCUCGCCCCCCACGCCCCGGUUCUCUUUACCCAGCCGGCCCUAGGAAGGGCGGCUGCCUCCCUCCCUCACACACACAUAUGCCCUCCGUAACGCCACCUCGCACCCAGGUGCUGUCAGCCCUGCCGCCUCCUUCCGCUCCGGAAAACUGUGUUUCCUGGUUUCCCCCCUAACUUUUGUUCCUUCUCCAGAGCUGAGGGGGAGGGGCGACACUUGAUGUCACCUUCCUGUUUUUUUUUUUUUUUAACUUUUCCCCUCCCUGGGCAGGAUUGGGGAACCAGAGCUUGCCCUGGAUCGGAAGUGGAGCAGGCUGGACUCAAACUGGUGCCCAUGUGGGACGGUAGCACUGCAGGUUGCAGACUAACCCCGCUCCACCACGGCACCCCCUCUCCACAUGCGUGAAAAUAUAUUCCUCCACUUA